CAUCAACUUAUAUGGGCUUUUGAAUAUUUCCAGUUUAUAAAUGUUGAAGAUGGGAAGAUAAUACAGAAUUAUCUGGAUCAGCUGAACAUACCUCACUCUGGCUUUGAAGAGGCUCAUGACAGAUAUCUCUUGACUAGCAUAGUAUGACCCAGUACCCACCACAGAUUAGUCGCUCUAACUUCUUCACUGUUGUGAAAGCAGAAGCCUCUUCAACACCACCCAUCUCCACCAACAUGGCCAACAGCACCAUCGUCCCCGGGAAAGUUCCAGGCACCCCUGGACCUGCAGGGAGACUGAGCCCUGAAGGCACUCAGGUGCUUAGUAAGAAGAAACUGCAGGAUCUUGUGAGAGAAAUUGACCCUAAUGAGCAACUCGAUGAAGAUGUGGAGGAGAUGCUCUUGCAGAUUGCCGAUGACUUCAUUGAGAGUGUGGUGACUGCAGCGUGCCAACUCGCCCGACACAGGAAGUCAAACACUCUUGAAGUGAAAGAUGUCCAGCUACACCUGGAACGACAGUGGAACAUGUGGAUUCCUGGUUUUGGCUCAGAUGAGAUCCGACCGUAUAAGAAGGCUUGCACCACAGAAGCUCACAAACAGAGAAUGGCAUUGAUCCGCAAAACAACCAAAAAGUAGCAAGAUUGGAAGCACCAACAAACAUUUUUUUUUCUGCAAGUUUUGGAAAUGGAGAGGGAUUGAACCUAUAUAUGUUAUGUUAAUCAGAGAGGCAGAAUGCGUUGAACUAUUUACAGUACGGUUCUGUUGACAUUUCGCUUAGGAAGUGACGUUAAGUGAUGUUAAAACCACCAUGUGAACAUUUUAUUUGGGCACUUUAGUCUCUGGCUUGGUGCUAUACUGGGGUUUAUUAUAUUAUAGAAUCUCACAGACUCCUGUGAAAAACAUCAAUUGUUUAUUGUUUCUCCCACAAACCACAUUUUCAUUCAUAUUUCAUGUAUAGCUGACCCGUCAUGCAGUCACACAACUUUUGCUCAGCUGGCAUUAAUAGCUAUGCACAAUUACAAUCACCAUGUGUCUGAUUUGUUCAUAGUGUUCGGUGUUAUAGAACUCAUCACUUAAGUAAUAUUUAGUACUAUAGAGGAAAUCUUUAGUGUGUGACUUUCUAAAGGUAAGCAGUCAUUUUUACCAGAGAAAUAAAUACCACUUCCCUAUUUAAUUAAUUGCAUUGGGACUAGUGACAUAAUGCAGAUUGGCUAAUUGGUUAGAGAGUGAUAUAUGUGUGAUGUAUAGGAAAUGGUGCAUAAACCCCUUCUGCUGUGGGUUUGUGGGCAGAUUUGAACAUUUCUGUGGAGUUAAACUGAGUAUAAACUUUUUUUUUUGCCAUGUAUCACAGUGUUUUACAGUCUCUUGUUUUUCAUGAAUAAAAAAGACUUAUUGUGAUUUAUUCUCACUGAAAUCACUCAGGUUGUGUUGGACAUCAUUUCAGAAAUAACAAUUAACAUAAACUGUUUCAGCAUUGUGUCUAGACUGGCAAAUGAAUAUCUAAACUCCCAUUAUGUGUAAAUGUAAUAUUUUAGUUAAUUACUUCUACGUCUUACAUACCUCCAGAAUCACAUGCAAGUAUGAAUUACAGGCAGAGCUAUACAUUUCAGGCAGCCCUUUCUGUAUCAGCAAAUAUACAACCAUGUUUAUGGAAAUAUGUGGCCAAAUGCAUGGCAAUGAACGUAAUUGGAUGAAUAGCAGUUAAAAUAUUCAACUGAUGCAGUAACACUGUUGCCACACUACUAAAGACACCUUUAUCCAAAGUUGAGUCCAGAAAUUUGAACAAACAACUGGAAAUCAAAUGAACACAUGUAUGUAUAUGCCAUUAAACGAGUUUCAGUGUGGUUUGCAAAUGCUGAAAACGUGUAGAUAAGCACAAAUUAUCCAUGCUGUUAUGAAAGUUCUGGCUGAUGAUCAAAUUUCAUACCUAC